GGCAAUUCUGGUUUCCCUUCUCGCAGCAAGCAGAAAUUGAAUCUCUCCAGUCUCUAUUGAACCCAGGAGACGAUGAGCUCUAUUCCAAAACGAGUUCGGAUCCUGUCUCAUUGAUUGCAAUUUCCUUUUCAUUCUUUCUCGGGAAAAACUUUAUUCCAGUCUCGUUAUGCGGGUUUGAGGCUUAGCAGGAAGAGGAUUGCGAUUCCAGACAAUGUAGAAGCUUCUCCGCCCGAUUCGAGUUCAAUGACUCCGUUGAAGAGAAUGCCUAACGACACACCCUCUCUCAACUGCGAAAUGUCUCGUCUCGAAGCUCUGCCUCAUCACAUUCUGGUAAAGAUUUUGUGUGGGGUCGAUCAUGAAGACUUGGAGAAGCUUUAUCACGUAUCCAAAACAAUAAAAGAAGCAGCCCUUAUUGCGAAGCAAUCUCAUUUUGAGUUUGUCACCCCAAAGAAGAACACUUUUGCUAUUUUUUCAACUCCGUUUGAGAUGGAAGAUGAAUAUUUCUUAGCACCAUUGAGGAAAUGUGAGUCAAGACUUAGUGGGAGGAACCUAGCUCACAUAACCGUUGCCUUAUUUGCUUCCCCGGCCGAAGAGAAGUGGCCCAGAAAACAGCAGUCCAUUGAUCAGAAAGUUUAGGGUUGUGGAUCUAUGUGCAGAUAAAUGGAUAGAUUGAAUCUCUUGUUUUUAGAUUACGUAGGAAUAUAUUGGCGAGGAUUUGAGAUCUUUCGCAAAUCUUCUCUGUUAUUUUAGCCAGCCAUAUCUUCAAAUCCUUCAUUUGAAGAUCGCGCUGCUUUUGCCUCUGCUUGUAUAUGUAGAGAGAGAGAGAGAGAGAGAUCAUGGAGAUUUUGUUUGGAGGGCAAUCUAUUAAGAGACCCUUCUAGCCUGAUAAAUUUGAAAGUAUAUGCAGUUUCAUUCUGUGUGCUCUUUGUACCUAAUA